AUGCCAAUUGUAUUCCGUCUCCGGGUGCUUGUAGCUGCUCUAAUAACACUUCAACCUGCAACCGCGGCCAUUAAUUGUACGUUCGUAAUCGAAAUCAUCGGCAGGCUUUAUGAUGUCUAUCCGGUGCAAACGUUUCCAAUUUUCUGGAGUCGAUACAUUGAACCUACGGAUAGUUUGUUUGCUAACGUCUCACAGAAUCUCUUCCAUCAAUAUCCGAUUCCACAGAUGCACUUUACCCAAUCGUCAAAUCACGAGGAGCUACGGAAUUCGUUGGACGUAAAUACCACAGUCUCCAUUGUGCUCACCGAUCAUAUGUCGAUGGAAAUUCUUAAGAUUGUCGAAACUCGGUUAAGAGGAAUGCACUUGGCGAAGCUGGUGUUAGUCUUGAGGGAAGAAGUUUUUCUCGACCAAUUGAGAUUUUUUCAAAAUUGGAUUUGGGAGAAGCAGUUUAUCAACGCUUUGGUGCUGUUCCAGGACAAGACCAGCCAUCAAAAUCAGAUUUUCACAGUCUACGGUUAUCCCGAACCGCACUGGGUCAACAAGACUGGGGUUUCUGAUGCUAGGAAGCUUUUCAUGAAACCCACUAAGGACCUAAAGAACUAUAGAAUUGAAAUUCUCUACAUGGAAGACGUUCCAAGGGUGUUUGUUCUAAAUAAAAACGGAGAGCAGCGUAUAGUUGGGCGUCAUGCAAAUCUCAUCAAGCUUUUUGCCAAGCACAUGAACAUCGACCUUGUCUACAAUUUUCAACCCCAUUUGGAUUUGGAGAAAAUCCUCCGCGAGUUCCAUAAUCGCAAUAUGGAACUUAGUGUUCAUUCGUAUUCGAUGUUUGAUCUGGAGGAUAUUGGAUGCAGUUACCCCCUCGAAACGGUUCGUUGGUGUAUCAUGGUGCCACUGCGAAGUGAGGUGCCCAAGAGCGAUUAUCCCAUCAUAAGUUUCGACACAGGCACCUGGAUUGCCACUGGAUUGAGUGUGCUUUAUAUCGGUAUACUGCUGCGUUUCAUUGAUCCGCCAUCUUCGGAAGUUACCCAGAAGUACUUCUUCCUGCGGAGUCUGGCGAUGCUGAUGUAUAGCCCGAAUAUGGCGGAACGAAUGACGAUGCCGACUGUCAGGCAGAUUCUAUUCUUCGCUCAGGUUUUCGUGCUGGGUUUCAUUUUGUCUUGCUUCUACUCCACGUAUCUGACAAGUUUUUGCACAUACAUGGUGUUCCAGCCACCAAUCGACAGCGUUGAAGACCUAGUGAAGGAGAAUCUGCGAGUGAUGGUCAUUGACUAUGAGCUUGAGGCAAUACGCACGCGGGCUAUCUAUGGCGAAACAUUUUUAAAGCUCCUCUAUCCAGUCUCGUAUCUCGAGGUAAAUACACGCAGAGCUCAAUUCGAUGGGCAUUAUGCCUAUAGCAUUCGUCAAGACCGCUGGAAUUUCCUUAACAAGCAGCAACGAGGUCUGGAAAAGGUUUUCUUCCGACUUUCGAAAAUCUGCUUUGGCAGGCACUUCACCAUGUUUCCUCUACAAUUUGACUCACAUCUUCGUGCAGACUUGGAUAUGUUCAUUCUGAUUGUGAUGCAGGCUGGAUUGGAUUUAUUUUGGGACGAAGAAGCAUUUCGCAUGGCAGUGACCAUGAAGCUAUCAAAAGUUCUGGUCGAACAGACUGUUGUGGUGCAACCAUUGCGUUUGGAUUACUUUCAACAUGUCUACGCUGGCUAUUGGUCACUGAUUGGGAUAAGUACUUUGAUUUUUAUCUUCGAAGUGUUGUAUAACAGAUAUUUUGUCAUUCGUAGAGCCCUGGAACGAGCAAGGGCCUUGGAAGAUUAUGUGCAGGGAAAUGACGAUGGCGAGGGAUUUAAUUAA